UCUUACAGAAUCGCUCCAGUGAUGUCGUCGCGUCCGCAGAUCUGACAGAUCAGAACUGAGACAGACACAGGGACGUGGAUAACGACCUCUGAAUCCAGCUGCACCACCACCACCUCCCCUCGCCCCCCUCGCUCCAGGGCUCUCAGAGGACUCCUCGCCGGGUUCUCCAAAGGGUUCUCUGUGGUGAUCUGGAACGCUCCAUACGCCUCGGGGCAUCAGACCUUCAUGCGUCUCCCAGCGGCAGAGUCCACCCACACCUCCACCCACCACACCACCACCACCACCACCACGACCAUGAGCUGUGAACGGGAGUUUGGAGACGGGGCCAUGGGCGUCACGCUCACGCUGCGGCUGCUCAUGCACGGGAAGGAAGUAGGAAGCAUUAUUGGGAAGUCUCCUCCUGCAUCACAGAGCAGCGCCAGGAUCAACAUCUCAGAGGGUUCCUGUCCGGAGAGGAUCAUCACCAUCACAGGGCCGACGGACUGUGUGUUCAGAGCCUUCACCAUGAUCACGUUCAAACUGGAGGAGGACCUGUCGGCCUUGGUGGCUAACGGCACAGUGACCAGUAAACCUCCCGUCACCUUGAGGCUGGUGAUCCCGGCCAGUCAGUGUGGCUCGCUCAUCGGGAAGGGAGGCUCUAAGAUCAAGGAGAUCCGAGAGACGACAGGAGCUCAGGUGCAGGUAGCAGGUGACCUCCUCCCUAACUCCACAGAGAGAGAGGUGACGAUAUCAGGGAGUCAGGACGCCAUCAUCCAGUGUGUGAAGCUCAUCUGCACCGUCAUCUUGGAGUCACCACCGAAGGGAGCGACUAUUCCAUACCGACCCAGCCCGACCCCAGGAACUGUGCUGCUGGCGGGAAACCAGGUGUUCGAGGCGUCGGACUUCAGCUCCCACCCUCUGUUCUCUGUGGCUCAGGGAGGAGUGGACCUGCAGCAGCAAAUAGAAGAAAACACCUGA